UUUCGCUCGGAUUGUCAUAUGAGGCGCGGGUCUGCACUUUCAGCGACAAAAGGGAACAGAAGAAGAGAAAAGAAAUAAAGAAAGAAACAGAACAUCAAGGAGUCGAAGUGCCGGUCAAAAGGACCAUUUAUCCCAGUUCCAUACUCAUGCAGUGAGGCCUCUAAGGGCCUCCAGGCCAGGGCUGUCCACGUGAGAAGGGAAUCUUAGAAGAGAAGAGCAGACACUUGGAGGAGAGAGAAGAGUUUUACACACAGCAAUGGCCUCACUCAGUUAUGAUGGAAUGGUUAAAAGACUGGAGCACAUUAAACAAGAGGACUGUGAGGGGGGAUCCCCUGAGGCUGUGUGCGUGAAGUUGGAGGAUUGUGAAGGAGGAAUUCCAUUUUUUAAGGAGGAGGAGGAAUCUGAUGGGGAAAUUGUUCAAGUUACGGUUGGGGAUUCUGACGAUUUCUCAGUUCGCCUUGAACUGCAAAAGCAUGAAACUCGAAAUGUUUUCAAGCAGGACAUUUCUGAAGAAUCACAUUCCAGUUUGCUGCCCUGGUUCACAAAUACAGGACACCUGGCUACCCGGCAGAAUUCUAUGGAGCUGAAAUCUGAGUUUGAAGAGAAAAUCAGUGAAGGAGAUGGGAAAGACGGAAAAGAGCAGCAGCCAUCCAAGAACUUUGGGAUAAAUUUCCAUGACAAUGGCAACUUCUCCUCAUCUUUAUUUGUGGAGACUUCUCCUCGGUAUAGACUGCAACCCAUGCAGGACGAAAGGAAGAUGACACAAUCAACAAGAGGAUCAGAGAAUUUGACAGCAGCAUCAUUGCAGUUUAGUUCUCUUUCUGUAAUAGAAGCCAUCAAUGCUGACCAACAACUCAUGUAUUAUGCAGACCAAGAAGCUUUGCGUGGUGAACAAGAGUGUGGACAAACUCUUAAAAACAAGUCAAAUUGUAAAGACCUCAAGUCAGCUAAUACAGGAGAGAAGCCACAUUGCUGUUCUGUAUGUGGUAAACGAUUCCUCUAUAACAGCAGGCUUCAGGCACACAUAAGAAUUCAUACUGGAGAAAAACCUCAUUGCUGCUCUGAAUGUGGCAAGCGAUUUUCUGACAGUUACAGUCUAAAAAAACAUAAAAGAAUCCACACUGGAGAAAAGCCUUAUGGCUGUGCCGAAUGUGGAAAAAGAUUCAUUAAAAGUAGUGCACUUCACAGCCACUCAAGAAUUCACACUGGAGAAAAGCCAUAUUGUUGUUCUGAAUGUGGAAAAAGAUUUUCAGACAGUAGCAGUCUCCAAAGACAUAAAAGAAUCCACACUGGGGAAAAGCCCUACGGCUGUACUGAAUGUGGCAAACGAUUUGCUGACAGUAGCACUCUCCAGAGCCACACAAGAAUUCAUACAGGAGAGAAGCCAUAUGGCUGUGCUGUAUGUGGGAAAAGAUUUGCCACCAGUAGUCGCCUUCACCAGCACUCACAAAUUCACACUGGAGAGAAACCAUUUUACUGUUCCGAAUGUGACAAAAGGUUCUCCAGCAGUGGUGCUUUUCGCAAACACACACAAAUUCAUACUGGAGGAAAGCCAUAUUGUUGUUCUGAUUGUGGCAAACGUUUCACCACCAGUACCGCUGUUCGCCAGCAUACACUAAUUCAUACAGGAGAGAAACCAUAUUGCUGUGGUGAAUGUGGCAAAAGAUUCUCUAGCAGUAGUUCUCUUCGACAGCAUGUGCAGAUUCAUACUGGAGGGAAGCAUUAUGCCUGUUCUGAAUGUGAGAAACGUUUUACGAACCGUAGUGGUCUUCAGUGUCACAAAAGAGUUCAUACAGGAGAAAAGCCUUAUUCCUGCUCUGAAUGUGGCAAACAGUUCAACAGAUGUAGUAGUCUUUGGCAACACACACGAAUUCAUACAGGAGAGAAGCCAUAUAGCUGUUCUGAAUGUGGCAAAAAAUUCUCCCAUAGCCGCAGUCUUCAGACUCACAUAAAAACCCACACUGUUCUGCAGUUGUGAGUGUGGCAGAUGAUUUUCUCAAAACAGCAGCCCUCACAAUCAUUCAUGACUUCACACUGAAAAAAUAAUCCUCUAUAGAUCUCGUCUUCUUUACCUCAUGUUGGUACCAAGAUUUGAUAGCUUGUCAAAACUAGGAGAAGCUGCUGAUUAGUUGUGUGGGCCUUAGUAAGUCUUAGGUGAAGGGCAGUUCAGUCAUUGAACAGGAGGAAUGACAGUCAACAUCAGGGCGCUCUGACAUUAAAGGCACAUGAUCAUAUUAUUGGAUUGGAGGGCAGCAUUUCAACAUAAACUAAAUAAAUCUGACAUGAUUAUGUUGGUGCUGGAGCACACCAGCUGGACCCCCACAUCAUCCACAAUUGACCUAAACUGCAGAUAUGGGUCUGAUCGAGCUGUAAUUCUCUUUGUGUCCUUCCUGACUUGCAUCGUCAUUCCAUGAUUCAUUUGGAUUACUGCUUCAGUUUCCAUCAGGACUGCAUUUGCAGACUGUGUUUCAUGUUUACUGUGUGGCAUUGCCAACAUGGGGACUACAAUUCCCAUCAGGCAGCAGGGGCUAUACAGGCUUAGUGUGUUAUGCAUAUGAUGAUUUGUUAUCAGCUUUUGGAUUGCAGUAUCAGAAUGUCAGCAGAUGUCAUGAAGGAGAAGAUACAGACAUUGUGACAGUAAAAGUGUUGGAGAUUCUGUGGGAUUCAUUUGGGCAUAGAGGGGAACGGCUAACCAAACAGGCCAUGAAAAUCCAGGACACUAACAUAAAUAUUUUAUUAAAUAAGGGAGAGGCAAAGGGCUUAGUUAAACAGAAUGUCUGUUAUAGAGAAAUAAAAGGAAGACAAUCUGCAUGGGACUGAGAAGAAGGUGACAUGAUACUGGUGGGUGAAAAACAUCAGAACAUGGAAGUUGGCAUUUUGGCAGCUCAGGCCUGGCCAGAUGGGUUAAAUCCAACAUUGUUUGAAAUUGCCACAUAUGACACAAGGCAGUGACAGUGACCAUGCCAUAUAAGUGAAGAUUAAAGAGGAAAGAGGUGAUGGAACAAGGACACAUGUUAUGGGUCUGUUUAGGAGAAUAGAGGGUGCAUCACAAAGAUGUCUGUGUAUUAAAACAUGGGAUUGUAUCGGGGGAUUUAAGUGCAGAGAGUAGAGUCGUGUGCACUUUCUACACGUCACAAUCUAGAUCAGUAGGUGGCAGGUCUACCAAUGACCUAAAUCACAUACGAAGAAUAAGAAGAAGAAAAGAGGGUCCUCUGUCUGGUGGGAGGACGCCUCGAUCAGCACACACACCAACUAAAAUGGGACGGGCCUCAUCAAGGACUGGAGCGUCAGUGUUUAUCAUCGGCUACUGAACUCCCAUCUCAUCAGACUGCUGUCUCUGUCUAGGAGUUUGUCUUUUUGCAUCACUGGGGAUUGUACUCAUCACUGAAGCUGCUCACAGGUUAGUCAGAGUUGCACUUCUGAUGUGACAUUUGUGUCAUGUCUUGACCCUUCACUGCCUUCAGCAGGACAAUCUGACCUUAUUGACAGACUGAAUCUACUCACAGAGGCCCCUCCUCACUCCUCUUGUUCCUCUCAUCUGUUGGACAUACUGCUCAUUCUAGACUGCUGGGUUGUGGUGCUCAGUUUUGUUGAUUGUGUUAGUGGGAUUCAUGUACUCACAGUUAUUUUGAAAAUAUUUCUUGUUUUUCUUAAUAAAUUAAUGAUUUAUACAGUA